CUUCCCUUCUUAAAAAUCAGCCUUCUCUGAAAUGUUCCUUCAGACGUCCCAUCUCUCUCCUCUUCUCUCUCUCUAAACACAACCUCCUCUAUGGAAUCCGUUACUCGGCGAUGAUUUCAACUCCCGCCGUUCAUUCCUCGCGAUAUUUUCACUAAUGCAACUCUUCUAAGCUUUGCCUCCUCUAAAAGCCGUUGUUUCCUUUUUUAAAAAGCUACCUAAAAUUUGACUACUCUUACUUUCCGGACACCGGAAGUUUUCUCCGGCAGCUCUUUGGAGAGAAGUAAAUCCUAUCUCAACAUCGAUCUCCGGCGUCGGAAUUAUUCUUCUAUUAGAAGAAAGGAAGACAUUAAUUAAGCACUGGCUUUUUCUCUUUUUGGUUAUUAUUAUUGUCAGUAUUUGAGCUGAAUUAGCUUAAAAAAUUGAGUUAAAUUUGGCUUCGGUGAACCAAGGAAAAAUAUAGUUGUUUAAAGUUCGUGAAAAUAUUUUAAGUGUUACUAUGUUGGAUCUUAAUUUGAAUGUGGACUUGGCCGAGUCGACUCAAAACUCAGACUCGGUGGCUUUGAUGAAUAAGUAUCAGUACCAGCAGUACCAUGACCCGGAAGGAUCGGGGACGUCAAAUUCAUCAGUCGUCAAUGCGGACGCGUCCAGCAACGAUGAUUCGUGUUCUACACGCGCCUACACUGGUGAUGCUAGUAAUAGCAGUAUUAAUAAUAGUUGUGUCUACACCUUCAACUUCGAUAUAUUGAAAGUAGGUGUUGGCGGUAACUGUGGUAGAGGAAAUGAGGACGAAAACGAAAACGACGCCGUUGUGACCAAGGAGUUUUUCCCUGUGUGUGGUAAUGGGAAAGGAGUGGGUGGAGAUUACGCGAAUUCUCUUGGGCAAGCUGGGCAAGGUUCCUCGAGGAACUGGAUCGAUCUCUCAUUUGAGAAGCAGCAAGAUAUUGGUGAUCGAGAGGUGCGGGUGAUUCAGCAGCCGCCGCCGCAGCAGGUUAAGAAGAGCAGGAGAGGACCCAGGUCCAGGAGCUCGCAAUAUAGAGGAGUCACAUUCUAUAGGAGGACUGGGCGAUGGGAAUCUCAUAUAUGGGACUGUGGGAAACAAGUCUAUUUGGGUGGAUUUGAUACUGCCCAUGCUGCCGCAAGAGCCUAUGAUCGAGCUGCUAUCAAAUUUAGGGGCGUCGAUGCAGACAUCAAUUUCAGUCUAAGUGACUAUGAGGAGGAUCUGAAACAGAUGAAGAAUCUGACCAAGGAAGAAUUUGUACACAUACUUCGUCGCCAGAGUACUGGUUUCUCAAGAGGCAGCUCAAAAUAUCGAGGGGUGACACUCCACAAAUGUGGCCGAUGGGAAGCAAGGAUGGGGCAGUUCCUUGGCAAAAAGUAUAUAUAUCUUGGGCUGUUCGACAGUGAAGUAGAAGCUGCAAGGGCUUAUGACAAGGCAGCUAUCAAAUGUAAUGGAAGAGAGGCAGUGACCAACUUUGAGCCAAGUGCAUAUGAAGGGGAGAUGGUCUCUGAGGCCAUUAAUGAAGGUAGUGAACACAAUCUUGAUCUGAAUUUGGGGAUAUCCCCUGCUUUGGGCAAUGGUCCCAAGGAAAAUGAGGGGCAUCUACAGUUCCACUUUGGCCCUUUUGACAUGGAUAGCAAGAGCUCAAGGGAGAACUCAUCAGUUGCAAUGGUAGGUGAUCUACCUUUCAAAGGGCCAUUGAGGACACCAGACCAUCCAAUUUUCUGGAAUGGCGUAUACUCUAAUUUCUUUCCUAAUGAGGAAAGAGCAACAGAAAAGAGAAUUGAAUUAGGUUCUCCACAGGGAGUCCCCAACUGGGCGUGGCAAAUGCACGGUCAGGUCACUGCUACCCCAAUGACAAUGUUCUCUACUGCAGCAUCAUCAGGAUUCUCAUUUGCGGCUACCCCUCCAUCUGCUGCCAUCCUUCCAUCAAAACCACUCAAUCCAGCACCACAUCAUCUCUAUUUUCCUCCACCUGCCACCAUCACCACCAGUGCCUCUCAAUUCUACUGCCCAGUGAAACCUCCACCAUAAUGUAUUCCCUUUCUGCACUGGAAGUAGAUAGUUAAAAAAAAAAAAAAGAACAAAAAAACAGAAAUGGUAUUCAAAUUCACGAUGAAUUGAAAAUAUUGAUUUGUUAUAAUACUAAAUUCAUGCCUUGUUUCUUUUUGAUAAAACCAUGACUAUAUUGGAUUUCAUUGUUUGGGAA